AUGUCAGGCGUCGGACUCGUCAAUGGGGUGAAGGUGUCGCCGGAUGACCCCAAUCGCGUUGUCACUGUGACGGCCCAGAACGGAAAGACGGGAAACGAGGUCUCGAUCAGCUACACCAACUGCAAGGUCGUCGGAAAUGGAAGUUUCGGUGUCGUGUUCGCAGCCAAGAUGCUGGCGAAGGACGGUGCUGCAGAUGACGGCGACUCCGAAAUUGCCAUCAAGAAGGUUCUUCAGGACAAGCGAUUCAAGAACCGAGAACUUCAGAUCAUGAGGCUGGUGGCACACCCCAAUGUCGUGGAUCUCAAGGCGUUCUUCUACUCGAAUGGCGACAAGAAGGAUGAAGUCUACCUCAACCUUGUACUCGAAUUCGUGCCCGAGACGGUGUACCGCGCGUCCCGGCACUAUUCGAAGCUGAAGCAGGCGAUGCCGAUGCUCCAGGUCAAGCUGUACAUGUACCAGCUCCUCCGGUCUCUCGCCUACAUCCAUUCGGUCGGGAUCUGUCACCGAGACAUCAAACCCCAGAACCUGCUCCUCAACCCCGCCACUGGUAUUCUGAAACUGUGCGACUUUGGAUCGGCCAAAAUCCUCAUUGCGGGCGAACCGAACGUGUCGUACAUUUGCUCGAGAUACUACAGGGCGCCGGAAUUGAUCUUUGGUGCAACGAACUAUACGACCAAUAUUGAUAUCUGGUCCACCGGUUGUGUCAUGGCUGAGCUCAUGCUGGGACAACCCCUCUUCCCUGGAGAGUCGGGUAUCGACCAGUUGGUGGAGAUCAUCAAGGUGCUGGGUACGCCGACGAGGGAUCAGAUCAAGACGAUGAACCCGAAUUACAUGGAACACAAAUUCCCCCAGAUCAAGCCUCACCCGUUCACAAAGGUGUUCCGUCCCCGGACGCCCGCGGACGCCAUUGCGCUCAUCAGCAACUUGCUCGAGUACACGCCUACUUCCCGUCUCACCGCCCCCGAAUCUCUCGUCCACGAGUUCUUUGACGAGCUGCGGGUCGAAGGCGCACGUCUGCCGAAUGGAAAGGAGAUGCCUGCCCUCUUUGACUUUACGCGCGAGGAACUCUCUACCCGCCCUGACCUCAUCCGCCAACUCGUACCCCCACACGCGGAGCCGGCGCUCAAGGCGCGCGGGAUCGAGAUUGAGGGUUUCGUCCCAAUUCCUCUGGAGCAAAUGCGUAUCAGUCUCGACAUUGAGAGGCUUAGCUGA